AUGUCAAGAAUUUAUAAUGAUUCAUUCAUAUAUUGUUCUGAGAUCCCCAUUGAUUUAAAUAGAAUUGAUACUAAUUUCCUAUAUCCGCUACUGGAACUAUAUUUUUGUCCAAUAUGCCAAUAUCCUAAAGCUCCUUAUCAAACAUCAUUCAAAAUUGAUUAUAAAUUUUGUAGUAAUUGUUUGACCGAUUAUACGAAAAAUAAUGAUUUGAAAUUAACCAAAUGUAUCAAGAAUUGUUUUAUUUGUCCUGAAUGUACUAUCCUGAAUUUAAAUAUUAAAGUGUUUGAUCAUGAUAAUAAUGGUAAGGCAUUUGAAUUCAAUUGUGGUUAUUGUCAAUAUAGUUUUAAAACCAAAGUGAUAUAUAAACCCAAACCGUUAUAUAAAAUAAUUAUGGAUGAAAUGGAUGAUCCAUUCCAUAAAUUGUGUCAAGAAAUCAAACAAGGAGUUUUAAAACAAAGAGAAACCAGAAAUGAUACUACAAAAAUUGAUACCAAUAUUGACGAAUUACAAUUGAAAUUACAAAAUCUAAAUAUGUAUAAUAAUGACGAGGACCAUGAGGAAAUUGAAAGAGGGAAAUAUCCAUUGAGUAAUAAAUUGACUACUAAAAAAACAUUAAGAUGUUUAGAUUGUAAUAAUUUAGUGUUUUCACCAAUAAUUGAAAAUAUUCCACCAACGGUAAAUAAAGCUGCCGUUAAAUUCAAUGCCAUUGAUUAUUUACCAACUAUAAGUAUGUCGAAAAUAUUAAAUGAUCAAUCAAAUUGGAAAACCCAUCAAGUAAUGCUUUUACAUUUCAUUAACCCCUUGAAAACCAAAGUUCACAUUAAUGUUAGUAUUCCUAGUUCAUUACAAAUCAAACAUACUACCGAAAACACCAACCUAGCGAUAACCACAACACCCAUACCUACAACCACAAUCAAAUUAACUAUUCUUAGAAAUGAAUUCACUUUGGGUGGUAAUACUCCCGGCACAAAUGUAGUUAAAACCAUUCCAACGGCAUUGUUAACAACCAACACCUCGAUUUCAAAAUCAGAAUUAAUACUUCGGAAAGGUGAUUCAAUGUAUAAACAACCACCAUCAUCAAUUGAAGAAAUUGAAGAGAAUUUAGAUGAUUAUAUUGAAAAAGGAAUAAAUUGGUGUAGUAUUCCUAUAAUUAUUAAGUUUCGAAAUAAUAAAUCUCAAUUUAAAUUGCCAGAAAAUUUCCUGUUCAAAUUACCAAUUUAUGUUAAUUUGAAAAGUGAUAUCAUACCUAUAUCAUUAGCUAAAAUUAGUGAUAGAUUUUCUUUAGGAUAUUGGAAUGUAAUUGAAUUAAAUAAUAUAAAUAUAACUUAG